AUGUCUUCCGUCGCAGAUCUCGUCCAGCAGCUCGCCGAUAUGAAACUGAUCAUGGCCGCCAAAGAUCGAACAAUUGCCGCUCAGAAACAGAAGAUGGCCGACAAGGAUCUGGCAAUCGCGCAUCACCACAACAAGUCCAAGUCCCGCAAGUUUCGGAUCGAAGAGUUGGAGGCAGAUCUUAAGGAAGCGAAAGAGAAAAUCGCAGAGAUCGACUCCGGCGACUCGGACGCCACGAACGUCCAAUAUAUCGAAGAAAAGCCGAAAGCUGCCCCUGUGUACUACGAGGACUACUACGAAGAACUUGUCGAGGAGAAGGCUGAGAACAAGGUUAUAAGAGCAGAAAAUGCCAAACUCAAGCACAAGACCUUCAGUCUUGAGUGCCAGGUCGAGCGUCUUGGGGGCGAGGUCGAGUCUAGCGAUGAAGUCCCCGGUACUCCUGCAGCCGAGACUAUUUUCCCCAGCGACGAGCCCUUGGAUGGAACCACUGUUACGUCUGAAGCUGAUAUCGCUGUCCCCACUGACGAGCCAUCGGAUGAGACCGUCGUCACGCCUGAAGCUGAUCCUGCUCCCACCGACGACGAGCCGAGAGGCCACAAGCGUACUCUUUCGCAGUCCGAGGUCGCAUCAACUGAGAAGGUCGAGAGCAAGAAGGCCCGCCCUGCAUUCUGGCGUGGAGACCUGACGAGCCGACCUAAGAAAAACCCAAAGAGACGUCAAGCGCAGACACAGGUUUGA